AUGCGAUCGGCGUCAAUACAAACCUCGAAUGAGCACGAUCAAGAGUCUCCUAUCCUCUCAUUUCCUGAAAACUACUCCAAAACCUCCGACGACUUCCUCCUCCCUCCUUCGGACCUACCACAGCACCAAACUCCGCAAUACGUCCCCUAUACACCGCAACAUCAACAGCAGCAGCAACAACAUCCUCCUCAGAACUCCUCCUCGCGCCCUCUAUCCGCUUUUUAUCCGAACGGCUCCUCCUCGACGUUAGCCCGCGAAGGCUCCUAUCGUAUUCGUACAGAUUCUGCUGCCUCCUCCGCCUCGGAAAGUCUAGCACGUGCAGAGUCCCGAGGUGGUUCUGCUGCCUAUCAAGCUGGGGUUCCGGUGCGCGAUAACAGUCACAGUGACCGCUCUUACCGGUCUGCGCAUCGUGCCCCUGGGAAUGGGCCAAUAAUGCGUCAGUCCUCACGGGCUCACGCACGCGGCGGAGGAGCCUCACAACUGGCCGGGUCCCCUUACGGCAUGGAAAAUGGACCGCCAACGAGCAGUGAAGACUGGCAAGAGCGUGGUGCAGCCGUCUCCGUCAGGCAAGAAAUUGAUGCUAAUGGCAAGCCGGUCGCGCGGUAUAUCAAAAAAGGGGUCCGCGAUUUCUCCUUCGGACAGACAUUGGGAGAGGGUUCGUACAGUACUGUCGUAUUAGCGACGGAUCGUCAGACGUUGAAGGAAUAUGCGAUCAAGAUUCUCGACAAACGUCACAUCAUUAAGGAGAAGAAGGUGAAAUACGUCAACAUCGAGAAGGACACACUGAAUCGGCUCACAGAACACCCCGGCAUUGUCCGACUCUACUACACCUUUCAGGAUGAGCGCUCGUUGUAUUUCGUGCUGGAUCUCUGCAAGGGGGGCGAAUUGCUAGGAGUGUUGAAGCGGAUGACUACCUUUGAUGAAGAGUGCACAAGGUUUUACGGUGCUCAGAUUCUUGACACAAUCGACUACAUGCACAAACGCGGCGUUAUUCAUCGCGACUUGAAACCAGAGAACGUUCUUCUGGACAGCCAAAUGUACAUCAAAAUCACUGACUUUGGCACGGCAAAAAUCCUUAACAAUCAAAGGAAGACCGAUCAGAACUCAAGUGGGAUGCCACCACUCGACUCCUCUGAGAUCCCGGAAGAUGAGCGGGCAAGCUCGUUCGUCGGUACGGCAGAAUAUGUCAGUCCAGAGCUUUUGACGGACAAGAAUGCCUGCAAGGCUAGUGAUCUGUGGGCGUUUGGCUGCAUAAUCUACCAACUCCUGGCCGGCCGUCCUCCGUUCAAGGCUGCGAACGAGUACCUGACUUUUCAAAAAAUCGUCGCGCUUGAGUACGAGUUUCCUGUGGGCUUCCCUACGGUUGCUCGAGACCUCGUCGAGCGCCUUUUGGUCCUUGACCCGGCUAGGCGUCUCCCGAUUGAACAUAUCAAGAACCAUGAGUUUUUCCAAGGCGUGAACUGGGGCUCGGAUUUAUGGACCCGGAAAGCACCCCGUCUCAAGGCGUACGUGCCUCCACCUCGUGAGCCCAUCAAGCUUAAUGGGGGUGGUGACAAUGACAUGCCGAGAUUGGUAACAGAACUGCCUCCUCCGAGUCAACUUGAUAUUGAGUGGUCCCCUGUCCUGACCAAGACCAAUGAAAGGAUACUCAAAUUAGGAAACUGGAUGGUCCUUAGCUCUCCCGCCGGCCAUAGUCCUGUCUCGAAGAAUGGGGGCAGUGAAGUUGAAGCGCCAAAAAAAUUUUCGCGCUUCUUCGGUGGGAGUACGACAAAGAAGCGGCAGCGUUUGGUUAUGAUCACUUCCUCAGGGCGGAUCAUCAUGGCUGCGGCCGGAGGGGACGACAAGAAGGCCAAGAUGGAGCUUUCUUUGCUCGCGCAGGGGACGUCCUAUCGUAGUGCGACGGAUUCGAAAGGGUUUUCAUGUUGGGUUGUGGAUACGCGCGACAAACAUCUCGUCUUUGAAGAUCCAAAGCCGUCAUCGAGUACCAUGGGUGCGACCGCGUUGUCUGUCCAAGAAUGGGUGGAUACGCUAGACCGUGCGAAAGAGAUGGCUCUAGCUCAACAGAGCAACGGGUCCUACUCUGAUGAGGCAUUCAGAGAUUUGUCUUCUGGAUUAUCCAGCCACGCUAACACACUGGAUCGAAGCUCGGAGCUUCAAUCCGAGGGCGGCCCGUCUGGGCGGGCAACCUUGGUCAAACCUCAGCCUAACGACUCGGAUUCAGUCAAAGGGCGGAAAAGAUUUAGCAGACGCCAUUCCAAGAACGGCCUGGCGGCAGUCUUCUGA